AUGUGGGGAAACAGAUAUCCUAAGGCACUGCUGGAUAUUAUAGAAUAUGGAAAUUCCUCAGAAAUCCAAAAAAGCUUGCCGAGGGGCGAGCGGGACAGGACGAAGCCGGAGCGGAGGGGGCAGAGGAUUCGCUCCUGGAGCGGCUGCGACCAGGCUGCAAAGAGGCUAGGACGGGCUGGAUCCGUCGCUGAGGCCAACACAGAGCCGCCCAAGCUGAGUAGAGAUGAGCAGCAAGGUCGAGGCGCCCUCUUACAGGACAUAUGCAAAGGGACCAAGCUGAAGAAGGUGACCAACAUUAAUGACCGGAGUGCUCCCAUCCUGGAGAAGCCCAAAGGGAGCAGUGGGGGUUAUGGCUGUGGAGCAGCUGCCUUGCAGCCCAAAGGAGGACUUUUCCAAGGAGGAGUGCCCAAGCUCAGACCUGUGGGAGCCAAGGAUGCUUCAGAGAAUCCAGCUGGUAAGCCAGCUCUACAAGUCCCCAGUUCUCGAGCUGCCGCCCCCAGGCCUCCAGUGUCUACAGCCAGCGGGCGUCCUCAGGAUGAUACAGACAGCAGUCGAGCCUCACUCCCAGAACUGCCGCGGAUGCAGAGACCCUCUUUGCCAGACCUCUCUCGGCCUAAUACCACCAGCAGUACUGGCAUGAAGCACAGCUCCUCUGCCCCGCCUCCGCCCCCCCCAGGGCGGCGUGCCAAUGCACCCACUACACCUCUGCCUAUGCACAGCAACAAAGCCCCAGCCUACAACAGAGAGAAACCCUUGCCGCCAACACCUGGACAGAGGCUUCAUCCUGGCCGAGAAGGACCUCCUGCUCCUCCCCCAGUCAAACCACCUCCUUCCCCUGUGAAUAUCAGAACGGGACCAAGUAGCCAGUCUCUGGCUCCUCCUCCACCGCCUUACCGCCAGCCUCCUGGGGUCCCCAAUGGACCCUCCAGUCCCACUAAUGAGUCAGCCCCUGAGCUUCCACAGAGACACAAUUCUUUGCAUAGGAAGACACCAGGGCCUGUCAGAGGCCUGGCACCUCCUCCACCCACCUCAGCCUCCCCCUCUUUACUGAGUAAUAGGCCACCUCCCCCAGCGCGAGACCCUCCCAGUCGGGCAGCAGCUCCUCCACCCCCACCAUCCAUGAUCCGAAAUGGUGCCAGGGAUGCUCCGCCUCCCCUCCCACCAUACCGAAUGCAUGGGUCAGAACCCCUGAGCCGAGGAAAGCCCCCACCUCCGCCUUCAAGGACACCAGCUGGGCCACCCCCUCCUCCACCACCUCUAAGGAAUGGCCACAGAGAUUCCAUCACCACUGUCUGGUCUUUCUUGGAUGAUUUUGAAUCAAAGUAUUCCUUCCAUCCAGUAGAGGAUUUUCCUGCUCCAGAAGGAUAUAAACACUUUCAGAGAAUAUACCCCAGCAAAACAAAUCGAGCUGCCCGUGGAGCCCCACCUCUGCCACCCAUUCUCAGGUGAAGCCUGGCUUGCUCCUGUUCUCAGGAAAAGGAUGGACCCUCUUUACUUCUCAGAUGGUCCCUUCCAUUCCCCUGAAUCCUGCAUGAGAGCUCCUAACUUGUUUCUCCAGUGCAACCAACCCCUAGACUCGAAGCGUCCUCCCAGCUCACCUCCAUCUAUGCAUCUCGUCUCUGGAUUUGGCGAUCGGACUCUUUGUAUUGCAGUAGGGUCUCAAACCCUGCAUCCGUCCUCUAGUAAGCCUUGCUAGCCAAAUGAGGAAGAAGUUUCUGUGUCUCCUGCUCUCCUCCUGGGGAAAGGUGCCUUGCUAUGAUAAGUUAACUUGUUGGGGCAGGGUGAGGAAUGAUAGCCCUACCUCCUCCUCCCAACUGUGGGGGAGCUUCGCAGGUGUACAAUAUUUCAUCAUUUAGGAGGCUGGCAUGGCAAGGACUUCUGGGGAAGAGGGACAUUAUUAGUGAAACAGGAAAGGAGUUUUCAGAGAAGUGAUCUGUUUUAAAGGUCAGGUUUGGAGAAUGGACAAGGAAAUGGGUUUGCUUUAUUUUUAGGGGUAUUUUGUUUUUUUUUCUCACUUUUCCUCCCCACUGCCCAGGGAUAAGUUGGAUAUAAAGACUAAAUACUAAUCAGUUAAACUAAACAUUCAAUAAAAAGAAAGGGUAAAGUAAACUGAGGAUCAUUUUAGAGCUAGUCGGUUCCUCUGCAGCAAAGGGACCAGGAGCCAUUUGAGCCUUCUGAGACUCUCUGCUCCAUUCCUCAGGGUGCUAGACUGAGGCAUAUUCGUUCUCCCUUCUGCCACCCAUUCCCUCAAGAAAAAAAAUCACUUCUAGUUGGGAAAGUCAUUCAUUAACAAAUUCCAAAAACCUCUGUUGAGAGAUCGAAAGAUAAGGCCUGAGCCUGAACCUUGGCCUUAACCUCAACUGUGAGUCUUGUCUCAGUUGUUUCUGACUGUCCAUAAAGUGGUCAGUGGGCCUUGGAGUCCUUUAGCUCCUGGAGGCUGCCUGCAGAUGACAGAAAAGGUAAGAGUGAAGCACUUCAUGGAAGGGACAGACAGGGGAGAGGGGACUACAGAGGAUUUUAUGGUCUGCUCAUACUGAAACUCAGAGCCUGUCUGACUGAGCAGGCUCUUCCUGUUCCUUUCUCUACCACCCUUGCCUUCCCAAGGCAGUAGGGGUUAACACAGCAGGGUAGAGAAGGGUAAGGAAGUGAGUAGAAGCUUACAGGGAUAUUCAAAGAUUCCUCUAUGCCAAGAAACACAUCAGUGAGGUGUGCCUCAGUUCAGUAGGUCUUCCUGGCAGCCAACACCUGGACAGAGGCUUCAUCCUGGCCGAGAAGGACCUCCUGCUCCUCCCCCAGUCAAACCACCUCCUUCCCCUGUGAAUAUCAGAACGGGACCAAGUAGCCAGUCUCUGGCUCCUCCUCCACCGCCUUACCGCCAGCCUCCUGGGGUCCCCAAUGGACCCUCCAGUCCCACUAAUGAGUCAGCCCCUGAGCUUCCACAGAGACACAAUUCUUUGCAUAGGAAGACACCAGGGCCUGUCAGAGGCCUGGCACCUCCUCCACCCACCUCAGCCUCCCCCUCUUUACUGAGUAAUAGGCCACCUCCCCCAGCGCGAGACCCUCCCAGUCGGGGAGCAGCUCCUCCACCCCCACCACCCAUGAUCCGAAAUGGUGCCAGGGAUGCUCCGCCUCCCCCCCACCUUUUUUCUUUUUUGUCUUCCAGGUGCUGCUUUAUUAAAAAGCACAGAGAAAGUGGAGGUUCUAACUGAGGUUGGACAGUGAGACAGGGACUUUGUUUUCUGCAACAGCAGGCUGGGGUUCCUGGACUGCACACAUAAGAUGCCACCUGCAGAGGCUGCUCAGAGCUUGCCAUGAGAGCCAGCAGACCAUGGCUAUUUAAAAAGGAUGGGGAAAAUUAGUUUAAAAUUUCACCAGACACAUCAUAGGCAUAAAUUGCCUUGGGGACCUUUCUGAUCUGUUGGAUCACAGGCUAAGGAUUGUCUCAGAUGAAACCCAAGUUUUCCUAGUACUAGUGAGGGGCCCAACUUGGUUUAUUUGUGUGGGGUCUGCUAUCCUUAGCCAUCCCUUGGACCGCAUUGAUUCUGGCACCAACAAUGAUUAGGUCUGUCACCAAACAUUUUCUAAUCGUUCUUUUCAUAUCCAUUAGCAGUUACCUCUCAGAAGUAUCCCCAGCAUUCCUGAAGUGAAUAGAGCUGAGAGGGGGGAUGCUGGUGGAGGGAAAAGUAGAGAGUUCCAGGGCUGACGCUCAGCAGAGUUCCAGGGUACAUGCUGACACGUUACUGAACUUUGACUGUGAAGUCUUCCCAUUUAUUUUUGAAAUGGGAGUUGAUGCCUUUUGUACAAUGUUAUCAAAGUGUCUUUUUCUUUAUUUCAAACAUGGAGUGUCAAAAUAAGUAUCACAAGUAAGGCCAAACCCCAGCUGUUCUUUGGGGCUGCUACCUUCCUCCCCAUGACCUGCUGCCCCUCACACUCCCAGCAGUUGGACUGUCACCUGGGUGUUGAUUGUAUUUCACUCUAGGCCUCAUGAGAAAAGGCCUAUGUCUAGAUCCUGUCCAUGGGUUUUCUGUUUCAGAGCAUGUUUGAUGACAGCAUCUGUUUAAAUGUCUUUGCCUUAUACAUUAUUUGGUCCACUGUUAAUAAUAGAUGCAUUAUCAUGUAUAUUUACAAAAAA